UAUGGCUCUUUACCUUUGUCUCCCUCUGCUGGCUGUGCUUCUGCAGCCUGUUCUGUGUCUCUACAACUGUUCCUCUGACUAUGCAAGGACCCCAGACAGCUCAGACCUGGUGGUUGAAUGUGGCACCAGCAUGAUUAACCUGGAGAUCAACUUAUGCACAGCUCAGUGGGCAGGCUUCAAUGCCACAGACCUAGCACUGAAUGGGAACCACAAUAAUAUAGCGUGCCAGGGCUCUGUCAACACCAGUGUGAACCCCCCAGUCAUCCGUUACCAGCUUCCUGUCAACGACAGUCAGGAUAAUUCCUGUCGCCAGUCUCUGCAGAUUGUCGAUGAAAAGCCAGACCCUAACGGUCCCUUCAGCAGCUUCUCAGUUAUCCAGUCAGUUAUCAUUAGAGGAUUCAUUGACUCACCUAGCUCUGAGCUGGGCCUGAUCAGCUACUCCACAGACCUCUAUUACCACUUCUCCUGCCGCUAUCCACUGGAAUACCUGAUGAACAACACACAGAUCACAGCCUCCUCAGUCUCUGUAGCGACCAGUGAAAAUAAUGGAAGCUUCAUUGAUACGCUCACAAUGAGUGUUUUUAAUGACUCUAACUACAACUAUCCAUUAGUGGUGCCUUCAACAGGGCUUGAGAUGCGAACCAAGGUGUAUGUCCAGGUCAAGGCUGUUAAUCUUACAGGAAAUUUCUAUGUACUCUUGGAUCAUUGUUUUGGUACUCCCACUCCAUACAACAUGUCACAGAGCGAGCAAUAUAACUUCUUCACUGGCUGUACAACAGCCAGCAAGACGACUGUGACGAGCAAUGGUGUUUCCAAGGUUGCCCAGUUUAACUUUGAGGCCUUCCGCUUUGUUCAGCACCGUGACCAGGCGAAGUCCAGCAUCUAUUUGCACUGCAUACUGAGACUCUGCGAGCCUAGCAAAUGCCAACAAAUUCUGGGAGCUUGUAGUAAUCAGAGAAGAAAAAGGUCUUUGUCUCCUGGUGUGGAAAACAGUGGAUCAGCCACCAUUUCACUUGGACCUCUUUAUACCGCUGCAGAAGCCACACCCAAUGCAGCUAACUACAGUAAUUCCAUGACUUCAGGGUGUGACGGUCAUGACAUCACAGGCCUGAUUGUGCCGCUGUUGUCCUGCUGGGUCUUGGUGGCUGGUUUAUUCUGAAGAAGCUUCAUUUUAUGGGAU